AUGGCGGUGCAAGGACCGUUUGAUUUUACGAUUCGGCAUAGAAAGUAUCUAUCCACUUUCAUCGGUAACUCAAUAUUACAAUUAAUUCAUAAUACAAUACUCAAACAGCGGCAGUGCCUAAUAGCAUUUCUAUGCCUCGGGAUCACCCUUACGUCAUCGGCCAGUCGCAGAGAGGAACUUGAAAGGGCCGCGGAGCUGGCCGUGGAGAAGGCGGCUGAGAGGGCGGCAGAAAGGGCGGUGGAGAAAAUCCUUGACGGCGGAAACACCACAACAGAAUCUAAGCUCAUACGCGAGUCCUAUUCCAACGUCCGCAAGGAGACUCCGCGUAAAGAGAAGCAGGAAGACGAGGAGUAUAGCGACACCGGCGAGUACGCACCGGUGGACGACGACGAAGUGGAACCGGAAGAAGAUGCCGAGGACUGGAGCACGUACAUCCGGGGCUCCAGGUUCAAUUCCCAAAGAUUGUCAGGCGGAGGCUUUCGCGGGUGGUCCAGCAAGCUCGACUUCUCGGACAUCUGGAAGAGAUUUCCAAGAAGCGAAUGGUCCCACGAGGACACUAGUCCGGAUAAACCAAACGAGAAUGUCGUCACGGUGAAGAAAAGAGUGCCGGUACCAGUAACAGUCGAGAAGAAGAUUCCGUACUCGGUCUACAGGCACGUACCGUACGAGAUCAAGGUACCAGUACCGCAUCCCUACACGGUGGAGAAGAGAAUACCGGUGAAGAUCUACGUCAACGUGCCAGUUGAGAUGCCGGAGCCUUAUCAAAUCGAGCGGCAGGUUCCGUACGAGGUGAAGAUCGACAACCCCGUGCCGUACAAGAUACCGAUGCUGCGACCAUAUAUAGUCGAGAAGCGGAUUCCGGAGGUAAAGGUACCGCAGUCGUACACGGUCGACAAGCCGGUACCCUACGAGGUCAAGGUGCCGAUCAAGGUACCAGCGCUGUACUCGGCCGAGAGGAAGGUGCCGGUCAAGGUCACGGUGGAUCGGCCGUACCCGGUUCCGGUGCCGAAGCCGUAUCCGAUAAAGAUCAAGAAACCGCAUCCGGUGCCGAUGGAGAGGCCGGUUCCGGUGCCCGUCAAAGUUCCGGAUCCUCAGUCGUACACCGUGGAGAAACCGGUACCGGUAGAAGUGGUGAAACCGUACUCGGUUCCGGUCAGAGUACCCGUGGACAAGUCUUACGAGGUGUAUCAGACGAAGCCGGUGUUCGUCCCGGUGAAGAAGCCGAUACCCUUCGUCAUACAAGUACCGGUACCCAUGAAGCUUGGGUGGAAAGAUCAAAGUAACGUCACCAAGAACAAGGAAGAUCCGACGGAAAGUGAGAGCACUGAGACUAAACGACGGCGAUCGCGAUGAUCGGAAAUAGGUUUUAAUGAAGCGACAAAGCCAGAGAGAUGUCUGCAAAAUGUUAAUUUAUACGUUGCACACUAACACGGUGUGCGUAAAAUAGUUUGCGCACCCUAGAAAGUCGAAAGAGAGAUUAUUUGAAUAAACAUAUAAUUAAGUUUGAGGCUUGUAAGUUACAUUUGAGUAACUGUAUUUUAAUUACGUAACGAAAGAGAGUGCGAGAGAGACUUAUACCACAUGUGCACAUUAAGAUGCGCGCAACUAUUCAGCUUCAUCAGUUUAUGGAUGUAUGAUUACCCGUCUCAGACUUGUAAAAAUAAAGAAACAUGUUUGAGAUCACUUUCCUAGUUAGUCGUCACUUUCCUAGAUAAUCACUACUUUCCUGCUUGCGCUUGCCGAGCGACGGCGAGGUCGUAAAACUUUGGUAAUAAAAGCAGACUUUGUUCUUAUUAUCGGGCGUCUCGUUAAUUACAUAAAAAUCGCGAGCCAGUCCGCUAAUUGAACCGCAUUCGUGCGGAUUGUUUUUACUGUGACUUGCGCCGUUUCGCGUUCCUCGCUAAUGCAACGAUGUGAUCUGCGAAAAUAAGACGCAUUUUAUUCGUCUCGACGUGAU